GGCCCCGCCCCCCGUCCCCCGGUUCCUCGGCCGCCAUUAGAGGGGCCGCUUUGUGUGCGCGGAGCCUGACGGUUGACUCCUCACUGCACUGUGAAAACCAUUAGGAAAAAAUCCUUGUGGUUAAAACCUGGGGCACCACAGUGUUACCUGCACUUGGGGUAGAAAUUAAUUUAAAUGGCAACUGAUCUGUCUGAAGGUGAACCUGUGCAUCAUAAGGCACUUCCACUCUUAACGGGAGGUCAACUGAUCCAUGCGGACAAGUUAAGUGAGAAGGUUGAAGACACCAUGCCGAUCCGUCGUGCUGUGAACUCUUCUGCCCGGGAAACUCCUCCCAAAAGCAAACCUGCUGAAGGUGAGGAGGCCAAACCAGAUCCUGAGGUCAGCUCUGAGGAAUCAGCCUCUACUGGAGAAGAGCAAGAGAAUGAAACUCCACCUGCUACAUCCAGUGAGACUGAGCAGCCAAAAGAACCUGAGACUGAGGGAAAGGGAGAAACAAAGUCUUCUGAAGAGGCCAAAAAGGACGAAAAGGAUCCAUCUAAAGAAAAGGAGAAGAAAGUGAAGAAGACCAUUCCGGCAUGGGCCACCCUUUCUGCCAGCCAAUUAGCUAGAGCACAGAAGCAAACACAAAUGGCUUCCUCCUCGCGCCCCAAGAUGGAUGCUAUUUUAACUGAGGCCAUUAAGGCAUGCUUUCAAAAAAGUGGUGCGUCAGUGGUCGCAAUACGUAAAUACAUCAUUCACAAGUACCCUUCCCUGGAGCUUGAGAGAAGAGGCUACCUUCUGAAGCAAGCUUUAAAAAGGGAGCUGGAGAGGGGAGUCAUCAGACAGGUGAAAGGAAAAGGAGCCUCUGGGAGUUUUGUGGUUGUUUCUAAUGCAGGGAAAACUGUUCCAAAAUCCAGAGACAGAAAGAGAAGUACCUCUGCAUCCACUCCAGAGCAGCAGGUUAAGCUAGAAGACAUCCUUCCCCUGGCCUUUACACGCCUCUGUGAGCCUAAGGAAGCUUCCUACAGCCUGAUAAAAAAAUAUGUAUCGCAGUAUUAUCCCAAACUCAAGGUGGAUAUAAGACCCCAGCUGUUGAAGAACGCUCUUCAGAGAGCAGUAGAGAAGGGCCAGUUAGAGCAGAUCACAGGCAAAGGAGCUUCUGGAACAUUCCAGCUGAAGAAAUCAGGGGAGAAGCCCCUGCUUGGUGGAACUCUGAUGGAAGAUGCCAUCCUGUCUGCUGUUGCGGCCAUGAACGAACCCAAGACCUGCUCCACUACAGCUCUGAAGAAGUAUGUCCUGGAAAACCACCCAGGGACCAACUCCAACUUCCAGGUGCACCUACUAAAGAGAACCUUGCAGAAAUGCGAAAAGAAUGGCUGGAUGGAGCAGAUCUCUGGAAAGGGCUUCAGCGGCACCUUCCAGCUUUGCUUCCCUUACUACCCCAGCCCAGGUGUGCUGUUCCCAGAAAAGCAUCAAGAGGAGGCAUCUGAUGAAUCUGAGGAGGAGGAAGAGGAAUCGGAGGAAGAGGAGGAAUCGGAGGAGGAAGAGUCUGAGGAGGAAGAGCCACCUCCAAAAAAGAGGAUGCAGAAGAGACCCCCUCCAAAAUCCCGGAGCAGAGCCCCUCCAGUAAAACGAAGAGAGUCCAAGCCCAAGCCAAGGAAAGUACCUGCAGCCCGCCGGGGGAAACCCAAGCCCCCACCAAAGGUCAAAAUCCCUGCCAAGAAAGCCAGACCAGCAGCCCCAGCCAUCAAGAAACCCUCUGGCGGCAAUACUUCCAAGAAACCAGCAGCAAGUGGGAGAAAGGAAGUGAAAUCUCCCGCCAAGGGCAAAUCUACCAUAAGGAAAUCUCUCCGGGCAAAAAAGUAAACUUUUCCAAUGUGUCAGGGAAUCCCAUGGUCAGAUCCAUAAUAUUGUUUUAUAAUGUCAAUGUGCAUUUGUAUUUUAGUUCUGACACUUAAACCUUUCUUUAAUUUUUUUUUUUUUUUUUCCUUGAGUGAUGGGGGAAAGCUGAAAACUAAGUCAAAUCAACCCAAGCAUUUCAGUUAGGUAUAGAUGCUGUGCCUCAUGCCUCCUUCCCUAAAACAAGUCAUCUUUAGUUUCUGCAAUAAUUUUUAGGACUUUUCUAGACCGUAUAAUCUGUACAUUUUAUGGUGUUUGGUUUUAUUUUUUUGGCUUUUUUUAAACCUUGUUCAAAGAAGAUUUUUAUAUCUUUAGACAGCAGGAACAGGAUGAUUGGAGAAAUGUAACUCUGUAGUGGAAAGUUAAAACUGCAGUAGCUUCCUCCUUAGAUUUCCUGCAUGGUGAUACCAAGGUUCCUAAUGCUUCUGUGGAGAAGCAAAACAUGUACAGCGCUCGCACUGACUUCUCAAGCUGCUUUUCUCUGCUUGGCCAUUGUAAUGAUAUGCAAAGGAGAAUGUCUGUCCGGCUCCUUCAGACCAGCAAGUUCCCCUUGAUAAGUCAGGUCUUCAGCAAACGGUGAAUGCAAAAGGUUCUGAUCCUCUGACUUCAAAGGGAUCCCAGAAGGGGCAACUUUCAGUUAGCUGGGUUGUGCGAUUUGAGUUAGUGAUUCCAUCCCUCAUCUGUUACCUAAAAACCAAAAUAUAUAAAAGUCUUCUUGAAUCCAACUUUGAAAUGUGUUUUUAAAAGAUGAAGAUCCUGAGUUUUGUCACUUCUUGUUUACCCUUUUUUAAAGAAAAGCUGGAGUUACACAGUUGCUAAUGUAGAGAUGUUAAGUGAAAAACAUGCAGUUUGCUAAAAUAAAAUGCAAUUAGAUUCCA